ACUAAAAUAUAUAUCAACAAAAGCCAGGUCCUCGCCCAAGUUUGGUGAUGCAUCGUGGGUAGCCACAACAUUGUGGCACCUCUCUGGGGCCCAGCAGAGGGGAUAAUUUGCUCAUAAGUGUAUGUUACUGACAACAAUGACCAUCUCCCCUCUGGAGGAAAAGAUCCGGAAAUGAGGUGACUGUGCCUCCCUACUGCUGAGGGAUCCUGUGGCCUUGUGGUCUGUCCUUGGAGGGGUCAAGGUCUUCUGAGCUUGAGGAGGUUGAGGGCUGUUGCAGGACAUUGCUCUGGGACCUGCUGGGUUGGGGUAUCCACUUCUGGUCACUCUGAGGGGUCAAUUGAGAAGUCUGUCUUCUACAGGCCCUUGGUCCUGGCCAGGUGACAAGCACCCACGCACCCACCUGCAUACAGCUGCAGUCCAUUACAGGGGACAGCCAGGAAUGAGGCUAACUGCUGUCUUCUGAGGUCACAUCCUUCUUGGCGCAUGUCUGUUGUAGCCCUGAGUCAUCACAAUGGCUUCAGGACAAAUGAGAGCGGUCCAUAGGACUACCCCUCCCAAGCUGUGUGAGGCAGAGUCUGCUCUGGCCUUGUGAUAUGUAGGCGCUCACACAGCACUCUGAGACUGGCUGAAAUUGCAAGGACGCUGUCUGUUGUGCAGCCAGUAAGUACUGCUGCUGGCUGACAGUUACUGGUUAACUCACCCUGUUCCUGUUUAACUUGUCCCCUGGGGACAGUGACAACCUCUGACCUCCAGGGACCCUGUCCAGCUGGCUGAAUAGACAGAAAGGAGUCCUUCUCAGGCUUCAGUGGACCCAUCUGCUUGCUUAAGGAGCCCCAGUGGAGCCAGGGGUGGAACCAGUGUUCGGCCUGCAGAGGCCCUGGAAGAGCCAUGGCAGAGGUCUGUGACAGGGCCCCUAAUUUCUUCUCGCCAUCUGAAAACCAGGCCUUGGGACCUGCCCUUGGCAGUACCGUUGCUUUGAAUUGCACAGCUUGGGUGGUCUCUAUACCCCAGUGUCCCCAGCCCUCAGUACAGUGGCUAAAAGAUGGUCUUCCAUUGGGCAAUGGAAGCCACUUCAACCUACAUCAGGACUUUUGGGUCAGCGCCAACUUCUCAGAGGUUGUGUCCAGUGUUCUGGUACUGAACUUGACCAAUGCUGAGGACUAUGGAAGUUUCACCUGCUCGGUCUGGAAUGUCAGCUCCCACUCCUUCACUCUUUGGAGAGCUGGCCCUGCUGGCCACGUGGUUGCAGUGCUGGCCUCCCUCCUUGUCCUGCUGGUUCUGCUGCUGGUGGCCCUGCUCUACGUUAAGUGUCGUCUGAAUGUGCUGCUUUGGUACCAAGACACCUACGGGGAGGUGGAGAUGAACGAUGGGAAGUUAUACGAUGCCUACGUGUCCUAUAGCGACUGCCCGGAGGACCGCAAAUUUGUGAAUUUUAUUCUGAAGCCUCAGCUGGAGCGGCGUCGGGGAUACAAGCUCUUCCUGGAGGACCGAGAUCUCUUGCCGCGCGCUGAGCCCUCUGCCGACCUCCUGGUGAACCUGAGCCGCUGUCGGCGCCUCAUCGUGGUUCUUUCAGACGCCUUCCUGGGCCGGGCCUGGUGUAGCCAGAGCUUCCGGGAGGGACUGUGCCGCCUACUGGAGCUCACGCGCAGACCUAUCUUCAUCACCUUCGAGGGCCAGAGGCGUGAGCCCAUGCAUCCUGCUCUCCGGCUCCUGCGCCAGCACCGCCACCUUGUGACCCUGCUGCUUUGGAAGCCUGGCUCCGUGACGCCUUCCUCCGAUUUUUGGAAAGAGCUAUACCUGGCACUGCCGCGGAAGAUGCAAUACAGGCCGGUGGAGGGAGACCCCCAGACCCGACUACAGGAUGACAAAGAUCCCAUGCUAAUCGUGAGAGGACGAGCUGCCCAGGGCCGGGGCAUGGAGUCGGAGCUGGAUCCAGACCCUGAGGGAGACCUGGGUGUCCGAGGACCUGUCUUUGGGGAGCCACCAACUCCACUACAUGCAAGCAGGGUCUCUGUGGGAGAGGGUCCCAGCAGUGAAGUGGAUGUCUCGGACCUUGGCUCUCGGAACUACAGUGCACGAACAGACUUCUACUGCCUUGUGUCUGAGGAUGAUGUGUAGCCCUUAUCCUAGCAGCCCGGAUCAUAGGGUCAUGGUGGCAGCUUCCAGGGUCGAGGCAGGCACCUCUUCUCCCUAGGACCACAACCCUUGCCUGUAGCUCUGAACCUCUCGGGGAAGGAGUGUGGCUCCAGGGUGUCACAAAAUAAACUUGUCUUUGCUCC